AUGGUAAUAAAAAUUGUUUUUCUAGCCUGCAGACAGGAUUAUUGUUAUCCUCUGACCUGUGAAGACAUCUACUACAGUGGGUAUCAGAACAGCGGUGUCUAUCAGAUCUACCCAGCAGAAACAUACACUCCAGUAAAUGUUUACUGUGACAUGAAAACAGAUGGAGGAAAGUGGACGGUAUUUCAGAAGAGAAUGGAUGGGUCUGUGAAUUUUUACCGUGACUGGAAUGCUUACAAGUUGGGUUUUGGACAGGCCGAUGGAGAAUACUGGUUAGGACUGGAAAAUAUAUACCUUCUAACACUGAAGAAAAAUCUUGAAUUACGAAUUGACCUAGAAGAUUUUGAAGGAAAGAAAGUAUAUGCCAAAUACAAAAACUUCACUCUUUCACCACAAUCUAUAAAUGGAGAGCAGGAAGGAUACAGACUAUUUAUACAUGGAUUUGUUGAUGGAGGAGCAGGUAGUGCCCUCACUUACCAAAAUGGGACAAAAUUUACCACUUAUGAUCGUGACCAGGAUGAACACGGUGGACUAAACUGCGCUAAAACAUACUCGGGAGCUUUUUGGUAUAACGGCUGUCAUCACGCUAAUCCUAAUGGCCUUUAUUUAAGUGGACAACAUUCAUCAUUUGCAAAUGGUGUUAACUGGUAUACCUGGAAAGGGUUCUACUAUUCUCUAAAAGUGGUUGAAAUGAAGAUAAGACCAGUUUAAAUUACACUUGACAGAAAUAUUUUCAAGAAAUGAAUAUCAGAAACAAUGGAACUGUAACACGCAUUGCCAAAAUAUUAGGAAGAGUAAUUUCAGUCCUUCCCUUCUUUCUUGCCCUUAGAAUUAAUUGUUAACUUGCUAAAUA